GAGCAUCAUUCAGAACCAGGUAUUUUUCUGUUAAUUUCUUCUAUUUUUUUUAAAAGUGCAGCGGAGGUAAGGGGCCAGUUCUUGCACUUUCUUAGUUGUAUUAAUUGAUUAAUUAAUUACCCACGUAAUUCUCUAGUGUGUAAAUAUCUGAAAUGCAAUCGUGAUUCCAACUCUGUGAAUUCAUGCCUGCCACUAAAGUGCUUUUUUUCCUAGACCUGGGGGGAAAAGAUUUUUUUUAAAGUCCUCUCUAGCUUCACAGAUACACUAGAAGAAAGUUAAUGUCGAAUAUAAAAGCAAAUCCUAUAGAGCAGAUUGUAGUAUGUGAUAUGUGUGAUCAGUAGCGCAGAAAGGCUAGCUUAAAAGUUGCCAUAGGGAAACGUUGUGAGUUGCAAGCUAAACAGAAGAAGCAAGAAGAGAGGUUCUACGUGGAAAUUCCAUAAAAAAUGCUAUUUACUUUCUUGGAGUUACAUGUUCAUGCAUCAUCAGAAGACCUUCCAGUUUUCCUGUUGGAUCACCAUGCUUUAAACCAAAACGAAAGAAAGAAAUUCAGAGUUUGAAAUGGAAAUGUGUGUUCUUGAUGCAUUCUGUUUAAGCCUCUUGGAAUUCUGGAAGAAAGAACCUCUUGAAGAUCUCUCAAGAAUUGAGCCAGAAGGUUUUUUUUUUGUUAAACUGAUAAGAUCAGGGUUGGUUUUGGUUUUUUUUUCCCUUCAUAGCGUAUGAUCUUUUUAAAAUUAUGUCUUAGCUUUAGGCAUUUGAAUGUGGUAAUACCGAAAGCGUUUUUCCAGUUUCUGUGUAGCUAUAACCAUACUGUUAGACUGGCAGCCAUGCCCGUUCCGCAUAUGUCUUUGCUAUGUUUCCCCGGUGAUUAAACCUUGUGCCAUUCUAUUCCUGUUAAAUCUAUAGAAAAUGAGAAAAUGCUCGACAUUUUGGGUGACACUUGUAAAUCUGAAUUCCUUAAAGAAGAUGCAUCCGAAUCGGAGCAGGCGCAGGAAGCAAAUGAACCGUCCCUGGGCAAAAAGGAAGAAGAGGAAGACGCGCUGGCUGCCGGCACCCAGUCGGACGAAGACCUUGUAGAUACAGACAGCCAAUCAGGCCCGGCUGAGGCCAAGAACCAAGAGGACGAAGGAAAGCUCUUAGUGGUAGAGAAAGGGGAGCCGAGCGAACAGACAGUUGAGGAAGACAAACCGGACUCGGACUCUUUAGCGGUAGAGAGCAGGAGUGGAGGUGGAGGUGGAGGUGGUGAGAGUAGCAAAGAAGCCCAAACUCUGGAAGCCUGUAGUGAGGAAACCGCGGAAUCGGACACAGGUCCUCAAGUGGUUAGUCCAGAGGCCGAGAAGAUGGAAGUGAAGGCUAAUGUUGAGGAGGAGCCCUCUGCCACUAGAGAGUCCUCUGCCCCAGAGGGUGGUGAUCAGAACACGAGUUCUGAGGAAUCCAAAGACCCCAAACAACCUUCAAAAGAGGAAAAAGGUCACAGUAGCACUAGCACCGGACGGAACUUCUGGGUCAGCGGCCUUGCUUCCAGUACCCGAGCAACUGACCUGAAGAACCUCUUUAGCAAAUAUGGGAAAGUGGUUGGUGCCAAAGUGGUGACCAACGCUCGUAGUCCGGGGGCUCGCUGUUACGGUUUUGUGACAAUGUCCACAGCUGAAGAAACUACCAAAUGCAUUGCCCAUUGCCACAAGACAGAGCUGCACGGCAAAAUAAUCUCAGUGGAAAGAGCAAAGAAUGAACCUCCAACGAGGAAGCUUCUGGAUAAAAAGGACGGUGAGGGGAAGACUGAAACGUCCUCUGGGGAUAGGACUUCCAGUGCGAAAAAGAAUGAAAAAGCUGAUUCAAAAGAAGAUAGUAACAAAGCAGAUGAAAAAGACGAAAAGGGGAAAGAAGAGCAGAAAUCUGGAUCUGCCGAAAAAUCUAAGACUUCCAAAUCAGGGAGCAAAGGGACAGAAAGAACCGUGAUAAUGGACAAGUCCAAGGGUGAACCAGUUAUUAGGGUGAAGACCACAUCGCGAUCAAAAGAAAGAAGCGAGAAAAGUCAGGAUCGCAAGUCAGAGAGCAGAGAAAAGAGCCGAGAGCGACAGGGCUCCGUGCCAUUCAACAAAACCAGAGACAAGCGACCGAAUGAAGAUCAGCACCGCGGUGAUCGUCGAGAAAGACAGCGCUUGCGUUUGCAAGCCAUCUGGGAGCAGGAGGAGCGGAAGAGGUUGGAGAUCACCCGCGAGAAGCUGGAGUUUGAACGGGCGCGCCUGGAGCGGGAGCAGAUGGAGCGGGAGCGGCUGGAGAGAGAGCGGAUGUACAUUGAGCACGAGCGGAGACGAGAGCAGGAACGGAUCCAGCGGGAGAGAGAGGAACUGCGGCGGCAGCAUGAGCAGCUGCGCUACGACAAGGAGAGGCGCGUGGCCCUGCGGAGGCCGUAUGACAUGGAUGGCAGGAGGGAUGAUCCCUACUGGCCAGAAGCCAAGCGGAUGCCAAUGGACGAUCGUCACCGCUCCGAUUUCGGCCGCCAGGAUCGGUUCCAUGACUUUGAUCACAGGGAACGUGGACGGUACCAGGGCCAUCCUCUAGACAGGAGAGAAGGGUCACGGGGGAUGAUGGGAGACCGAGAGAGGCAGCACUAUGCAGAGGAACGCCACAGGGAUCCAGAUCGCCACUCCAGAGACGGCUGGGGCGGCUAUGGGUCAGACAGGCGCAUGAACGAGGGGCGGAGAAUACCUCCACAGUCCCGAGAUGGACGUGACUGGGGGGAUCACAUUAGAAAAUUUGAAGGCCACCCUGAUCGCUCCUGGCCAAGCAACGAUGAUGGGGGCCCACCAGGACGUGAACAUGAGCGAUGGCGAGGUGGGGGCAGAGAACGGCGUGGCCACAUAAUGCCGCGAGGUGGAAUGUCUGGACAAGGAUUCAUCCCAGGUGGCCGGCAGGAACAGACUGCCCAGGGAGAGGGCUUUGCUGGACAAGAGAGGGGAAACCGACCCAACGACCCCCGGUUCAGCUGUCACUAUUGAAUGUUUUUAUUGUUUUUAACUGUACAAAUGGCAACCAAGACGAGGGACAAAGAUACUCGACACUACGACUCAGUGUACCACUGACUGUGACUCUUAAGUUAACCUUCAUUGUUUCACUUCCUAGCUCAGUAUGUGAAGCCAUUCAUAUUUUUUUUUUUUUGUAACGUGUUUCUGUAGGUGCUGCCGCACACGCUCAUCCUUUCAAAGAAAACGUGUUUCUUUUACGAGGCAUUCCAUUUUCUAUAAAUAAAAGAAAAAAAAGUACAA